UUGUCUUGUGAAAAGUUUAAGUUUAAAACAAUUUUCAAUGGAUGAAGAAAUGUCCAAUAACCACAUGGACGAAAAAUUCGAGCAGUCUGCAACGGAAUUAGCGCAACUGUCGCACUACGAGAGGAGUGUUAACAAUCAUGAUCAUCCCUUUCCCACACCGCCACCUGAUGCCAUCGUUACCACGAAGAAUUUGGCAAAUAAAUCAUUAGUGGCUUGGGCCAAAGAAGCCAUUGAAAUCCUAGACAAUCGCUCCGGCUCUUCGGUUAAGGCAAUAAUGAAAGUCAUGAAGUCUGCCGGCUAUGAGAUGACCGAUGAGAGAAGAUUCCACAAGCUUCUCUAUAAGCAACUGAAAAAAGCUGCUGCCAAAGGCGAACUUAAUCAAGUGAAGUUAUCCUUUAAGUUGCCUUUGGCGGGAAAGAAACACAGUUCAAUUGAGAAGAUGAAGGAAAAAGUGUUAAAAAAGAAGCUGGCCAAGAAGCAAGAAACUAAGCCAACCGAAAAAGUAGAGGGAGCAGAGACUGAAAGCCCGAAACAGCAGUCAAAGGCGCCCAAGUCAACUAAGGCCGCCAAAAAAAACAAAAUGCAGGAAUUAACCGCAGUUGCGGAAGGUGUGAAGGAGAAGUCAAAAAAGCAGGCUUCGAAGCUCAAAGCAAAGGAGCCCGAAAAAUAUAAGAAAAAGGGUGAUCUCGCUGCAGAUGAGUUGGAGAAGGUCAAGAAGACAAAGAAGGAAAAUAAGGCCAAGCCGCGUGUGUCCAUUGGGACUUUGGUGCGUCCAAGAGGCAAGCCGAAUAUAGAGGUGGUAGCUAUUAAAAAGCUGACGGCGGGCAGAGCUGGCCGUAAAAAGGCUGCGGAUACCGACUCGGAAACGGAUCAAAAUCCGACUUCCACCUCCACGCCGCUUGCGUCACAACAAAAGCGUCGAUUGCGCACAUAAAGCUAAUCAUGUAAUUUAAAUGUUUUAAUUGUGUUCAAUUUAUGCACAACUUGUUUAGUGCCUUGGCUUUCUUAUAUAAUAAAUAAUAUUUAUGUUUUGUUUUUAAACAUC